CUCACCUUGACCAGCUCUAGUGCAUGUGAACUGCCGGGCGAUUCAACAACAUCACAGGACGCCUGGGAAGGUCUUGAAGGACAGGUGCGGACUGCGCUGAUCAAGCAUAUUAAGCAUAUCAAAACUGAAUGCCUGGAGACACCUUGUGCACCUCGGGAGACCAAAAUGCUGACUCGGCCACCUAGCUUGGGAAUCUGCCACUCAGGUCCACGCCGCCUACAGCAAAUGCUGACUAUGUCUUCAGUCUACUUCACUUGGCGACGACCAAUUAGACAUUGACCUCAUUGUCAAUUGAAAUCUUCUGCCAAUACACCUAACCCUUGCUAUGGCCUCCACAGUCAUCAAUGACAAGUGAUAAACUCCGUCGAAUCGAGACAGUCAACUUCAGCAACUUCGCUAUGGCUCUGUCCUGGAUUCAACGAGUACUUUCGCGCUUCAGGAGGACUCAAAAGGCCCCAGAUCAUGCACCAAGAAUUUCUAUUGUGAGGAACGGUAUUGUAGCAACAUAUGGUUUCAUUGAGUCGAGCCCACUGCCGUUCGAUGAUCGAUCUCAAGAAGCAUCAAUCAUCGGUGCACAGAGAUACUUGGAGCAUAGUCGAGAGAGACUUGCAAACGGGGGAGUGAGAGUGGAGGCGCCGCGCGUUCUUCGGGUCCCAGGACGCCUACGGCCACAACCUCCUGAGCCAUUUAUUGACAAACAGGAUGAGUCAGGAGAACAGUGUGUCUUGACCGUUAUACUUGGAGUGAUUGGAGUUACUAACCUGUCAAGCAGAGAAUGGGAACGUACAAUGGACAGAGCUAUCAAGCAACUUGAAAAGGUCAAUGAAAUUGUGGCAAGAGUCACUGAAGAUAAUAUCAAGUUGUCAAAGGAGAUGGAGGAGAAUUUGGCCGUGCUCACCUUGAGCUGUUGCAAAGUGCUAGCGACUAUUGGAAAAGGUGUGAUUGUGGAUGAGUGAACUCCUCUUGGGACAAUGAAAAUGGCGCGUACGCCGGAGUGCAAUAAAUAGUUCAGUACGACUAUGGAGCGUUGCAACGACGAGGCUGAGAUCUCCUUUUUGUCUUGGCGGACGCAGCCUCGUCAAAGACCACAAUGGAACAGGCGUACAACAACCCUGAAACAAAGACACAGUCACGAAAUGAGGUGGCACCCCCCUGGACAACAAA